AUGAAGGCGCUGAAUGGGUUAUUGGGUUUAAGGCGCAGAAAAAUUCAUGGGGUUUUCAAUGGUUUGUGUGCUAUGGUUGUUUUCUUCUUUUUUUACAAUAGGGAAGAUAUAAUUCGUAAUCCGCUUCUUAGAGAAUCCGCAUAUUUGGUUAAUCAUCAUGGUUUGCCUCAAAAUUCAAUUUUGAAGGAUGGGGUUUCUGUGAUUUAUCGUAGAAUGGGUGAGAUUAGUGCUAACGCUUCGAGUGUAGCUGCUGACAAUGAUAUGGGUGUGAUUAAACCUGGACUGUGUGUUGGAUUGCUCCACCAUGAUGGUUAUGAUAGCCCUUGUGAAUUCUUAAAGGUUAAUUCUCAGUGCACUUCUGAAGGGUACAUUGAUUACUUGAGGUUUUUCUAUUGUAAAUGUCAAAGUUUCAGGGUUCUUGGUUAUCUAGUAUUGGGUGUUUGGCUUGCCGCUUUGUUUUAUCUCUUGGGGAAUACUGCAGCCGAUUAUUUUUGUCCUUCUCUUGAACAUCUCUCGAAGCUCUUGAAAUUGCCUCCAACUGUGGCUGGUGUUGUUUUGCUUCCACUUGGGAAUGGUGCACCUGAUGUGUUUGCCAGUAUAGCUUCGUUUGUUGGGACUGAUACGGGUGAAGUUGGUCUUAACAGUGUAUUAGGCGGUGCUCUGUUUGUUACCACUGUUGUUGUUGGAACUGUUUCUCUUUGUGUUGCGGACAGGAAGGUUCAAAUUGAUCAAAGAUGCUUUGUAAGGGACCUGAGUUUCUUUCUGUUCACCCUUUUUAUGCUGCUUUUGAUUUUGUUUGUUGGUAAGAUAGGUAUUGGGGCAGCCAUUGCCUUUGUAUCGAUUUAUGUUGUUUAUGCAUUCAUUGUUGCUGCCAACGAGCUAUUGCGGAAACAUGCACAGAUGUUGAAAUUGGAUGCUGUGACACCUUUGCUUCCUGUCCAAGGAAGUGUAUUCGCUGUUGGUACUGAAGAGGAUACGACAAUAUAUAGCUCUUUGCUUGACUUAGACACUGAGAGUGAUCCUCCCCGUCUCCCACCUUCCCUGCCUCAGUGGAUGUGGUCUUCAAAUGUGGCAAUAUACUCAAACCAAGCAAAUAAAAUCAAUUAUUCAGAUGAUGAGAGGCCUCCUUGGGGUUGGAGUGAUGGAUCCACGGAAAACACCAGUUCUUCCUUCUCUGUUUCAAAGCUUUUUUUAUUCAUGGAGAUGCCACUAGCAGUUCCUAGACGGCUAACAAUUCCAAUGGUUCAUGUGGAAGUAUGGUCAAAGUUCUUUGCCGUGGCCAGUGCAUCAUUGGCUCCCAUUCUCCUGGCCUUUUUGUGGAGCACCCAAGAUAAUGUGAGUAAUACGAGUAUUAUACUUGCUUAUUGUUUUGGGGUUUCUGUUGGAAGCACACUUGGUAUUCUUGCGUAUAAAUACACAGUGUCUGAUUGUCCACCGUCUCAGUAUUUGAUACCCUGGGUUCUCGGAGGAUUUGUUAUGAGCAUAGUUUGGUUCUACAUAAUAGCAAAUGAGCUUGUGGCUCUAUUAGUAGCUUUUGGUGUAAUUUUUGGAAUUAAUCCAUCGAUUCUUGGAUUAACCGUAUUAGCAUGGGGAAAUUCAAUGGGAGAUUUAAUGUCAAACGUUGCAUUGGCAUUGGACGGAGAUGAUGGAGUUCAGAUAGCUUUAUCUGGAUCCUAUGCAGGCCCUAUGUUCAACACACUUGUUGGUUUGGGAAUCUCAUUGCUGCUUGGCGCAUGGUCAAAGAAACCUUGUUCAUACACGGUGCCUGAAGACAGUAGCUUAUUCUACACAAUGGGAUUUCUUAUCACAGGACUCCUAUGGGCACUUGUUGUUUUACCGCGCAACAACAUGCAUCCUAGCAGAAUGUUUGGGAUGGGUCUCAUCAUCCUUUAUAUGCUUUUUCUUUCUUUCAGAGUAUGUACUUCUUUGGGGCUAAUAACAAUUGCCGGUUUAAGUUAG